UAAAAGGAAAAAAAAAAUUACGAAACAAGUUGAAGGCAAAUCAAACGGGAGUGUUGUUUUGUAUUGACACACCUUUGCCAAUCCAGAGCGGCGCACAGAUACAGCUUUUCUCUCGAUUUUGCUUUGUUUUUAUCUAUAAUCUCAGAAGCGCUGCUCAUUCGUUGUUAUUCCCUUCAAAACCACAUUAUUUUAUGUUCGAAUAAUCGGUAUUUGGGUGUUAAUCUCUCUGUUUUUUCGGAAAUAUCUUGGUGAUCUGUGAAAACUGGAAAGAGAGAGGCGGAGAGUUUCAUUUUGUCUGUACUAAAGGGAAGAUCGAAGAACUGAGCUGAAUCGGGGCUGCUUUGUGGGCGUAGUGGGGCUGUGUGGGACGGGCAUUUUUGGUCCUAUUUUGGAAAGUUCGAUCCGCUUUAUUAGUUGCGGAGGGAUCUGAAAAGUCAGGGUUUGUGACAUAGAGAGGGAGAGACGGAGAAAAAAGAAAAAUGUGGUGGAUGAUGGGUGAGACUGGAGGUCACUACUGUAACAAGAAAACCGAUGAUAUUUGCGGCGAUGUUUGUGGCCAGGAAUCAAACCGACUGCUGAGCAUGUCAAGACUUCGCUGUCUUCUGCAUCGUGGUUGGGACGUGAAAACCUUGCUCUUUCUUUUUGCAUUCGUUCCCUCGUGCAUAUUUUUCAUCUUUUUGCACGGGCAGAAGAUCUCAUACUUCCUGCGGCCACUAUGGGAAUCCCCACCCAAACCUUUUCAUGUACUUCCACAUUAUUAUCAUGAGAAUGUGUCAAUGGAGAACCAGUGCAAACUUCACGGUUGGGGAAUCCGCGAGUUCCCAAGGCGUGUUUUUGAUGCAGUGUUGUACAGCAAUGAGAAGGAAAUCCUUGAACUACGCUGGAAAGAAUUGUAUCCCUAUGUGACACAAUUUGUACUCCUUGAGUCAGAUUCAACAUUCACAGGAUUGCGAAAGCCUUUGGUUUUUGCCAGGCAUCGAAAUCAGUUCAAAUUUGCAGAAUCCCGAUUAACAUAUGGGACAAUUGGGGGGAGAUUUAGGAAAGGAGAAAACCCAUUUGUUGAGGAGGCAUAUCAGCGAGUAGCAUUGGACCUGCUCCUCCAAAAUGCAGGUAUUGACGAUGAUGACUUGUUGAUAAUGUCUGAUGUUGAUGAGAUCCCAAGCAGGCACACAAUCAAUCUCUUGAGGUGGUGUGAUGACAUACCUCCUAUCCUUCAUCUUCAGCUGAAGAACUAUCUUUAUUCUUUCGAGUUCCAUGUGGAUGAUAACAGUUGGAGAGCUUCAGUCCACAGAUAUCAAAAGGGUAAGACAAGAUAUGCGCAUUAUCGCCAGACGGAUGACAUCUUGGCUGAUGCAGGCUGGCAUUGUAGCUUUUGCUUCCGCCAGAUCAGUGAGUUUAUAUUUAAGAUGAAAGCUUACAGCCAUUAUGAUAGAGUUAGGUUCUCUCGUUAUUUGAAGCCUGAAAGAGUCCAGAAAGUAAUCUGCAAGGGGGCUGAUUUAUUUGAUAUGCUUCCAGAGGAGUACACCUUCAAAGAUAUCAUAGGGAAAAUGGGGCCUGUUCCUCAUUCCUUCUCAGCUGUUCAUCUUCCAUCGUAUCUUUUGGACAAUGCAGAAAAGUAUAAAUUUCUGUUGCCUGGGAAUUGCAAAAGAGAAAGUGGCUGAAUAUCGUCAACAUGUUAAGAUGUCUGUUCUUGUAAAGGUUAGUUGGGCUUGCAGUUUGCUUGACUUCUCAUGGUGGUUCUAAUCGAAAAAAUUAUUAACUGAUGCAUUACUGAUUCAGCCUUGCCAUUUCUCUGGCUAAAUUAUAUCAUUCUUUGGGAAAUGUUUGGGAGCUUGGACAAAUUCCUGGAUUCUUGGGGCAAUAUUCUGUACAUAACUUUUCCUUUUUAGUUGGGUUUCAUUUAUGAUAGAGCAUAACCAUUCACUUGCGGAGUUUGCUGGGAUGGGAUCACAGGAUGCUUGGGUUUAUUUGGCAUUGAUAUGUCAUGGUUUCCCACUUGCACAGAAACAGUUUGAGGGCCUGCUAUGUUCCCCCCUUUUGGGAGUUUUGUUUAUGACCCAAACUUAUUCAUAUGUGUUCUUUUAAUCUUUGAUUUGUCUUAUCUUCUUUUUGAAUCUUUUAUUGAUCAUAAUUCUUUCGUUAUUUUUUUUUUCAUGUCUUUUGAGAUAGCAAGGAUUUUGAUGAAUUUGGUCCACUUUUGUGUUCAUAGCGUCGGUUCACUAUGGCUGUAUUUUGUUGGAUUCUUUUCCUAUUAGUUUUUUUGAUCGGUAUGUAUUCUUUUCGUAUUAGUUGAAGAAGUUAUUAGUGAACUAA